AGGAGGGGCGUGCGGCGGGCUGGAGCGGGCGCCAUUUUGUGGAGAGUCGGCUGCGCGGUCUCCAUUGUGUGUGGCGGCGACCGUUGGAGCGGGAUCGGGGGCACGAUGGCGCAGGAAGAGGAAAUCUUUACUAACUUGGAGCCAGCAGUUGAAGAGAAAGAGCCAGAAGUUCCCACAAAGGAGGAGGACUAUGUUGUGCGAGUACGUGGUCUACCGUGGUCGUGUACACCGGAGGAAGUAACCCGUUUUUUUUCAGAGUGUGAUAUUCGAAAUGGGGUGCGAGGUGUGCAGUUCACUACCUCUAAAGAUGGUCGUCCAAGUGGUGAGGCUUAUGUGCAUCUGGAUAAUGCUGAAGACUUCAAAAAAGCUUUGGCUAAAGACAGGAAAUACAUGGGCCACAGAUACAUUGAAGUUUUCAAAUCUAAUGGCAGUGAAAUGGACUGGGUUCUGAAGCAUAGUGGUUCAAAUCAUUCUGAUACAUCCAAUGAUGGCACAGUGCGACUCCGAGGACUUCCAUUUGGCUGCAGCAAGGAGGAAAUUGUUCAGUUUUUCACAGGGUUGGAAAUCGUGCCAAAUGGGAUAACUUUGCCGAUGGACUACCAGGGGAGAAGCACAGGGGAGGCCUUCGUGCAGUUUGCUUCAAAGGAGAUAGCAGAAAAAGCACUGGGGAAACACAAGGAAAGAAUAGGGCACAGGUAUAUUGAGAUAUUUAAAAGCAGCAGAGGUGAGGUCAGGGCAUACUAUGAUCCACCAAAGAGGCUGAUGGGACAGAGACCAGGCCCAUAUGACCGGCCAAUGGGACGAGGUGGUUACCUUGGAGCUGGCCCUCAGCGAGGAGGUGUUUAUGAUCGAAUGCGUCGAGGAGGUGGUUAUGGUGGUGGUUAUGGUGGAUAUGAUGAUUACAAUGGAUAUGACAACUAUGGCUACGGAAGCGAUGAAUACGAUGGGCCUGGUGCAAUGAGAGGCAACAGAGGUAUGGGUAACCAUGGAUAUGGAGGAGCUGGAGAUGCCAGCUCAAGCUACCUGAGUGGACACUUUGUGCAUAUGCGGGGUCUGCCAUUCAGGGCAUCGGAGGAUGACGUUGCUCAUUUCUUUUCUCCUCUGAAUCCUCUUCGUAUUCACCUGGAGUAUGGAAGUGAUGGUCGAGCUACUGGGGAAGCUGAUGUUGAAUUUGCAACACAUGAGGACGCAGUAGCUGCCAUGUCUAAAGAUAAAGCUCAUAUGCAGCAUCGCUACAUUGAACUGUUCUUGAACUCCACUGCUGGAGGAGGGUCUGGCAGCUACGGUGGUAACUAUGGAGGCCAUGCAAUGGGAAACCAGGGAGGUUAUGGGGGCUCUGGGAACCACGGGAUGUCCAGUAAUUACGGUGCUGGUUACGGGAGUCAGAGCAGCAUGGGCUCUUAUGGUAAGGUCGACACAGCGGAGGCAACAAUGGUGCAGGGGGCUACUACGGCGGCUCUGGAGGCAUGGGAAUGGGGGGUAACAUGGGAGGAAUGGGGAGCAUGGGCGGGAGUGGAGGCUGGCGAAUGUAUUAGUGACUUUGCACGGCCUCAAGGUGACACUGGCCGCUUCUAGUCAUUUUGAAGCUAUUUUGUUUUCGUAUUGUGCAGGAUUAAGUCAGUAAUAUUCCUGCUCUGUUUCUAAAAUGGGGUCUGGACACAAUAGUUUGUGUUGGUGAUGAUGUUAAUUCAAAUCUUCAGGUUUCAAUUUUGCUUUGAUUUUUUCAUUUUAAUUUUCCAGUUUAAAAAAAAUCCCAUUAAAUACCAAGUCUAAUAAAGAUUUUAAAAACUA